CUUCAGGACUCCUUCUUUCCCAUCCCGUACGUGAACAGCCGUCUUCCAGUCAAUGUAGCGUCUGACAAAGGAGAGCCGGGCGGCAGCAUGGGGUUUGCAAGCAGGCCCCUUGCGCGGUAGUUCUGUGAAAGGUUUAGUCCCUUACCUCGAUGGGAUCUGGGCUGAAUGGGUGCUGCUCCGCGUCCUGGAUUAACCCAGGAGGUAUGAGGACAUGAAAAAUGAUGAUGCUGAAGGGAUGAUGCGAGUGGCUGCGGCAGGCACUACAGAGUCCACGAACGCUCCCCAAACCCUAUUCUUAAGCCAGACGCACAGCCCGUGGCCCAGCGGAGGUGCAUACCUACCAUCCACAGCUUCAGCAGAGCACGGUAGCCUUGCUUCCUUGAGAGAAUAUACAGAUACUGGAUGCUUUUGGUAAACCAUGGCAGCUGAUGAUAAGGUUGCCAUUUUGACCGACGACGAAGAGGAACAGAAGAGGAAGUAUGUGCUUGCUGAUCCUUUCAAUGGCAUUUCCAAGGAUCAAGAUUUGCCACCCCAUAAUGAGUCCCCUUCAACGGAGACAACCACUGUCCCGGAUGAGGAGCUAGAUUGGUUAGAAAAGCACUGUGUCAAAAUAAACAAUGAUCUCCUCAUCUCAAAGGUCUUCUAUUUUUUCUUCUAUUCUGCAUAUGGCUCCCUCUACCCCUUGCUGCCUGUAUAUUAUAAGCAGCUGGGUAUGUCACCCAGUCAGAGUGGACUUCUGGUGGGCAUCAGGUACUUUAUUGAGUUUUGCAGUGCUCCCUUCUGGGGAGUGGUGGCAGAUCGCUUCAAGAAAGGGAAGGUUGUCCUCCUGUUUUCACUUUUAUGCUGGGUUUUAUUUAACCUAGGGAUUGGAUUUGUUAGACCAGCCACCUUAAGAUGCAUACCAAGGGGCCUCCCCCCAGCACACCCCACCAAUGCAAGCAGCCUUUUCACAACAUCUGUGCAAAACAUCUCAUCUUCUCUGCUAACCACAGCCAGUACUGCAUCCCCAAAAGCUCGUAGGAAGAGAGACCUGCUCGCUUCCAGCCCAGUCACUUUGGAAACAACAGGAACAGCUAAUCCUGAAGUAACAUUCCUGUUACCUACACAGAGCAAUGAUGUGGAGUUUGUCUUGGAAAACAGUACCCAUCUGACUUUGAAAAACAGCACCACUAGCCCGGUCUCACCAGGGAACACGACUCCGAGUACCCUGCCAGCUGCUGUCACCACAAAGCCAAUGCCUUCUGACCAAGCUGUGCUCAUUUAUGAUCAACAAGAAGUAGAAGCCAUCUUUCUACUCAUUCUGCUGGUUGUCAUCAUAGGAGAAUUUUUCAGUGCUUCCUCCGUUACUAUUGUGGACACUGUAACUCUGCAGUACCUUGGCAAACACAGGGACCGGUAUGGAUUGCAGCGUAUGUGGGGUUCUCUGGGCUGGGGGCUAGCCAUGCUCUCUGUGGGAAUUGGCAUUGACUAUACUCAUACAGAAGUUGGCAUUGAAGGUCAAGGAUGUAAAGCUCCUGAGUACAAGAACUACAGGAUAGUGUUCAUCGUUUUUGGUGUUCUGAUGACAAUGGCGUUGAUCGUGGCCACUCAGUUUCGAUUCCAUUAUGCGCACUUCAAGCAAGACGAAAGUAAGAGAAAAGAGGUAGAAAUCUCACAGGUGGACAGAAAUGCCUCCAAUGAGUCCUCUGAUAACACUCCUACCAGUAUGACCCAGUCACAGUCAUUCAGUUUUUGGGACCUAAUAAAACUGCUGUGUAGUAUCCAGUACGGCUCGGUGCUCUUUGUGGCAUGGUUCAUGGGGUUUGGAUAUGGCUUUGUGUUCACCUUUCUGUACUGGCACUUGGAAGACCUGAAUGGUACCACCACACUCUUUGGAGUUUGUUCUGUGCUCAGUCAUGUGUCUGAGCUGACUGCCUACUUCUUCAGCCACAAAUUGAUUGAACUGGUUGGUCAUAUCAGAGUGCUUUACAUUGGUCUUGCCUGUAAUACAGCUCGAUAUAUUUACAUCUCCUAUCUGGAAAAUGCUUGGACUGUUCUCCCAAUGGAAGUACUUCAAGGUGUCACUCAUGCAGCUAUAUGGGCAGCCUGUAUUUCAUACCUUAGUGCAGCAGUGCCUCCGGAGCUGAGAACAUCAGCCCAAGGAAUCCUGCAAGGUCUCCACUUGGGUCUAGGCAGAGGAUGCGGGGCUAUGGUUGGAGGCGUUUUGGUCAAUUACUUCGGUCCUGCUGCCACAUUCAGAGGAAUAGGGAUGGCUUGUUUAGUGAUUCUUCUUCUGUUUGCCCUGAUCCAGUGGCUGUUGGUUCCUGAUGAUGAAGAAGAAAAGACAAUGCUGGCGGAAAGGAUCCCAGUGCCUUCCAGUCCUGUUCCUAUAGCAACUAUUGACCUUGUACCGCAGCAGUCAGAAGAUAUCAUGCCUCGGAGUGAGCCCAGACUUCCUGUAAAGAAAACUAAGCACCAAGAAGAUCAAGAGGAUGUGAACAAGCCUGCCUGGGGCAUCAGCUCUUCUCCGUGGGUCACCUUAGCUUAUGCUGUCUACCAGAUCAAAGAGAUGGUUAAACUAUCCAAAACCCAUCCAACUCCCGAGAAUCAGCCUUUGCAGAAAAUCAAUGAGAAUUGCAGUGCUUCAUCAGCCAGCUCAGCAAGACAACCCCAAAAUCCAACAGAUUCUGGGCAGUCCAGCAAUUGUUCAGCACCAAUACCUACAGCAACAUCAGAUUCCCAAGUAGAUGGCGACCGCAUUGUGUCAGAUCAUGAUGCUCAGCCUGCUGCUGCAGGGCCCUGAGAUGCGCUCAUCUUAUCAAAUCCAGUGCAUGGAAUCCUGCUUCUCACCUGGGAAAUACUGGAGUAGGAGCUCAAAAGUAGGACUUCUUUCAUCUUAAUGAUCAUAAUGUGAUGCAGUGCAAGCUUUUAACUAUAUAAAGGAUAUUCAUAUGACUACGCAGAGCACCACGGCAGGGAAGCCAAAGUUCGGAAUUCUUGAGGGAAGUGAUGUGGCCGGAUCUAACGGUAGGAAGAAUUCUUGGCUGCUUUGCUAAAGCUGAGUCAAGUGCUAUGUAAAAAAAAGGGAGUUCACUCCUCGCUUGUUGAGGCACAGAGUGUCUGACUUAAUUGGAUAAUUUUCUUCAUUGAGUUUGUUCCCAAGAUAAAAUGAGAGAAGACUUUUUAGGAGAGAAAUUUGAGUUUCCUUGCAUAGUCUAUUAAAAAAUACCCAAUAAAUAUAGGAACAGCAUGAAACUGUAAAGAUUUCUCAGAAUCAGAAUAGCUUUAGGAAGUGUAUCUUCUUGUUACGGUGGUGGAUUAAGUAAAACACACACAUAUUCAAAGAAUGUUUUUGAAUCUAAUGUUAUCUUGUUUGAGAUAAAGGUUUAGUUCUGCAAAGCAAUGAUUUUUGAACUGAGUUUUUAGUGAAACAAAAGAGCUGGAGGAAGGCUUCUGAAGAAGUUAACCUCUGCACUUGCAGCCCUUCAGUUCGGCAUUGGCUGUGUGUGUUUGGGUAAUUUUUUGUUUGAUGUUGUAUCAAGACAAAAAUCUUUGGUCAAGAUUGCACAACCUGAGAUUGAUCAAGGGUUUCAAUGGACACACUUUCCUCUUGGGUUUUUUAUUUCAUCACCUAUACAGUGGUUUAUUUAAUGCAGUGUAGUUACUGUGAUUAUUUAUUAAGAAAAGAGUAAGCUUUAAGUGCCUAGGGAAGGUGGGGGAUAAGGAGGAAUUACCUGCAAAUCUUAACAAUUAGGAUUAUGGGGCAGAGUUGUUGAUGCAGAAAUCAAGUAGAGUGAGAGAUUCUCAGGAGGAAGCAAACGUAAUUAAAUUGCAGGAUGUUUAGGAAAUUACUUUGCCCAGUGUGAAGACACUGGAUGACUUUGGAUUAUGUUUUAUUAAGCUUUUCAAUAUUAACUGCAGCAGGCUCACUUAGUGCAUAGUGAAAAUUGCUGCUGGAGGGGAAUCCUUGGGCUCAGGGAGGAGCCUGGGGGUUUGGUCAGGAGAGUGGUUUGGUCCAUUUGCAUGUAUUAACAGCUUGUUCCUGGGAGAUCCUGAGCACUCGGCUUCUAGGGGACCGAGUGAGUAUUGGUCAGCCCUUCUUGAGACCAGUUGUCUGUGAUCUGUCAGGCCUUCUGUGGGGAAGACGUGUGCUGUAGGACUGUGCAGUGAUCCUGAGGCAGACCAACAGGAUCACAGGGUUAGGGGAGAGGAAGAUGGCAGCAGCUAAGCAGCGAAGGAGGUGUGUAGUUUUACCUGGUUUUACUGAAGGGGCGUCCUGUAGCUGUGCUUCAGCUGUGCUUUUGGAAUAACCCAUGUUCUAGUGGUGCCUGGGACCAACACCAUAGACAAUAAAAAGAAACAUUGAUGACUAACCACUAGUUACUUUUUUUGCACUUGAAUUUAAAUGUACUGUACUCACGUAAAUCCUCAUGACUUGUCUAAGUGUCCUUUAAAAUCAGAAAUGUAUUUAUUGUAUGUUUGUAUAACUUGGAGGAGAGCUAAAGACUGAACAGGUGACAGAAGGAUGCUGAAAAUCAUUUUGAGGCAAACCAACCAUUUGUUGAGUUCAUGCUGUACAGUGUUACCUCAGCUGCUACUGCAUAGCACUGGGUUGUGGGGUGAAGAGCUUGUACACUGUGUUUACACUUCAGAAUCGUGUAUUUGAAAUGCCUGCUCUUUUUGGAAUCGUAUAGUCAUUCUAUGUUGCAAAAUGGACAUGUACACCUGGGUUUUUAUAUUUGUGAAACUGUAAAAACCGUGGUAAGAAAUAUAAAAUAUCCAUAAUGUAGUCAAUA